CUCGUUACGGUUUUAAUUGACACCCAUCCAUCACUUUAAUCAAACCAACGCUACCAUCUUAUUUAAGGAACCGACCGAUCCCCAAUUCAGAGUUCCUACGAAUUGCCGGCAUUACCUUCACCACACACGCACGCGUCGCCAAUAAAUACCGUCUGUCGAACUGAACGCGUUUCACUCACUAGGUUCACACCACUCCAAUAGAAGGCACGAACUCGAAGCACGUCAACGUUCGCUUUUCCACCCCGAUAUAUCCGUAGACUGAAGGAAAGUAACAGGUGCCCGCUGCAGACAUCAACAUGAAAUCCAAGACGCUAACAAAUCAUUUUAUUAUCUGGCUGUUGCUAGGAUACGCUAUCACGGAGGCGUUGUUUGAUGAGGAGCACAGUGAUGAAUCCAGCGCCCGCCUCAUUCUUCAAUCUGCUAAGGCAGCCAUUGCAGGUGCUCUCAACAAGAGAAAGACCGUCCACAUCAGGAGCUUAAGGAGAGCCGUUGCAAGAGAACGCGCUGACUCCUCCACCGUUCCCGAGUUAGCAGACGGGUCGGUCAUCGCCGAGUUCGACAUUCUUCUAACGCCGGAGCAAGACGAGGCACGGCACAGGACGAGAUUCUCGCGGAAGGCGGUGAGAUCCAGGAGAUAUCGCUGGCCACAGGGCAUUGUGCCAUACGAAAUAGACAGCACUGUGGAUGCGUUAAGUACGCGCGCUCGCGCCAUCAUCCGCCAGGCGUUCGCUCACUGGCAGGCGCACACGUGCCUACGGUUUGAGGAGUACGACCGCACUAAACACUACGCCACGCACCGCUCGGAUAGACUAGUGUUUGUGAAAGGCAGUUGGUGCGCAUCCAAGCUAGGUCGUAUUGGAGGAAGGCAGCCACUCUACCUAGCAAGAGGAUGUCUCAAAAAAGGCACUAUCAUCCAUGAGCUGGGCCACACCAUUGGCUGGAUCCACGAGCAGUCCAGACCAGACAGAGAUCAAUAUGUAACUAUUGACUUGGACCGUGUGUCAUACACAUACAAGGACCAGUAUGCCAAGGAGCCAUCCAGUUUUGUAGACACAUACAAUGUCCCCUAUGACUACUACUCCAUUAUGCACUACCCCAGCAGUGGUGAAAUCAUCACAAAGGACCGCCGUGCACAGAAUGCCAUAGGACAACGAGAGGGUCUCAGUUUCUACGAUGCUAAGCUAGCUAACAUCAUGUACAGCUGUAGUGCCCAGUGUCCCUCCACUGUGAGAUGUGCAGCCCCUGGGUUUGUGGGACAAAACUGUGAAUGUAUCUGUAAAGAUGGCAGUGACUCUUGUACACUAGGGUCCACAGUUAUAACAACUACCACACAGAGGCCAACUCCCAAACCUAAACCAACACCUACCACACCACCAAUACAACCACCUGCUGUGAUACCCAAAAUAGAUUAUUGUGGCUGGUAUGUGUAUGAUCAGAAGUACAUUAAAGGGGACAAUAAUGACCAACUGAAUGAAGUAUCAUUGGCACAAUGUAAGGAGGCAUGCGCCAGUGCUCGCACAUUCCAUUGUAGAUCUCUGGACUACUAUAAGAGCAAGAGGAAGUGUUUUCUCAGUGAGAAGACUUAUCAAGACCAGGGCAGUCAUUUUGCCACUGACAGCAGAAUGAUACAUUACCAAAGGAGGCCAUGUUCAGCCACUGAUGAACCCCCCGUGGCCACCACCACCCCUGUCACUAACACUCCACCUGCCAGCGCCACCUGUGAGGCAGGCUGGCAUGGAUUCACUGUAGGGGGAGCCACAUAUUGCUUUUUAAUUGUAAACGAGGCAAGCAUUUAUUUGCAAGCCAAAAGAAGUUGUGAGCGAAGAAAUGGUAAUCUUAUCUCUGGCCAGUCGCCUUCUUCACCUAUCCUGUCCAUGAUAGAAGAUGGACGCCUCUCAGCAUCCAGCUACUGGUUGAAGAAUGAUCAGCUCGGGUUCCUGGGAUUUCUGUUCUCCGACUGUGAAUACCUGUCUCUCCAGGGUGGUCAAGCAUCCAUUGAAGAGAAGUCAUGUACUGCUAGGAUCCCCUAUGUAUGUGAGAGGGAAGGAUACUAACAAUACCUCAUUGCAUUCUAUAUGGCAAAUAUUUCACAUGGUUUCAAGUCUAAUUUAAUUUUCCUCCAUACAGUUUAUAUGGACCAAUCUUUAUUUCAAAGAUCCUUAAGUCAAGAUCAACCCAGCAAGGACCUUUGUAGAAUCACAGUAUUCUCAAUAUUCCACAUGAAGUAAUCCUCCUAUCCAGGCCAUCCUUCACAGUUCUCUAAGAACUACAUCUAAAGACUUCCUAUUUCUAUGUAGCCUGCAAGUGAACUUCACAACAAAUGACCAAUUACACUGGAAAGCACUCCAUAACCAGUGGGAAUCAUUCCACAAAUCAAGAGUGUAAAUACCAAUCACAGGUGAAAUUCUAUGUUAAAAAACAACAGAGAAUAACCUAUUACCUUAAAAUUUAAAUUUUUAUAAAAUUCUGUAAUAUAUAUAUUCUGUACAACACUCAGCAUUACUUUGACAUUGGCAUCAGUGCAAUAGUGACACAUACCAUUUCAAAUUUUGACAUUUCGUCUUUCUAAACAACUCAUAUACUGUAAUAUCAAGGACACAGUUAAACUUAACACACUGUCACAUCUUGCAUACUGUCAACCCUAACACACUGUCACUUGCUGUCACACCAAACACACUGUCACU